CGAUAGGAAUCGCAUGCGCCGUAAUACAUAAGCAACAAGUGUAUUUUAAUUUGUGAAUUUUCAAAUAAUUCUUAGAGUGCAGAAUUAGUAGUUGCAUACAGAAUUACAUAAAAUAUGGAGAAAUAUGAGGUACUUGGUCAAGUGGGUGAAGGAUCCUUUGGUCAGGUGUACAAAGCGAAGAAACGCGCUGAUGGCGAUAUUGUGGCUUUUAAAGUAAUUCGAAAACGUGGACGCUCCUUCAAGGAAUUGAAGAGUUUAAGACAAGAAUGUGAGAUACAGCGGCACCUUCAUCAUCCUAAUAUUGUGCAGAUGCUAGAUUCUUUUGAAACUGAGAAUGAAAUAGUCGUGGUGACAGAAUAUGCUGACAAGGAACUGUAUGAGAUAUUGGGAAAGGCUGGAAGACUAUCCGAAGAACGGACACAAGUGAUAGCUUGCGAUCUUGUUUCAGCUCUGUAUUAUUUACAUUCUAACAGGGUCCUUCAUAGAGAUCUGAAACCACAGAAUGUACUGCUGGAAGCUAAUGGAGUAGCUAAGCUAUGUGAUUUUGGCUUUGCACGUAGUAUGAGCACAGGAACACAUGUUCUUACAUCGAUUAAGGGAACACCACUGUACAUGGCUCCAGAGCUCAUUGAAGAAUGUCCAUAUGAUCAUAAUGCUGACUUAUGGUCUCUAGGUUGCAUAGUAUACGAGUUGAUAGUGGGUACACCACCAUUUCAAACCACAUCAAUUUUGCAUUUGGUCAGAUUGAUCCGUUUUGAAGCAGUCAAGUGGCCAGAUUUUAUUUCACCAAAUUGUAAGAGCUUUUUACAGGGAUUACUGCAAAAGGAUCCAUUGCAGAGACUCACUUGGCCUGAAUUGCUUGAUCAUCCAUUUGUGAAGGAUAGAAUCCUGAUAGUUGGUGGUGCUGUUCCAACACCAUUCACGACUCCAUUAUCUGCGAGUCAAGCGCGAGCGAAACAACAACAGUUGCAGAAUUUAGCAAUGCGCUCGACUACACGUUCAAAGGUCUUGGAAAAGGCAGUGCAGAAGGUGCAGGAACAGGAACGCAAGCUCAGAGAACAACAGCAAAGAAUGUGCAUUUCCCAAAUACAUUGUCCAACCAACCAGGGCUACUGUCAACAUGGCCACACGAUGCACCACUGCCAAGCGCUACGUCACAGCGAGCCCAGCGGUACAGAAUCUAGUGCCAGUGUGGAUGUCCUUCUGGGAAACUUAAGUCUUCGUGCUUCUUUAAGAAGCGACCUCCUAGUUGCAGAUCAUGCUUUAUGUCGGAGCGACUGUCCUAACAGAACCAUCAUCCGACCGGUACCUCUGAGACCUCUAGAGAUUCCACGAGCAGAACACAUAAAAGAGAAUGUGGAGGAUACUGAGGAGCUGGUAUUACCUCCAGUUAGGGACAGAUUGGAGGCAAAAGACGUGAUAGCGACAAACGUGAACAUUAAUGUAAAUGCGAAUGCAAGAGGCGAUGGCAUAAACAGAAAUGAGCAGAGAAUGAAAGUCCUACCAGAAGAAGAUGCCUGUAAAGGGCAAGGCGAUUGCGUACAAACCCGAUUAAGUCUAGAUUAUGAACAGGAAUUCGGUGGACAUUUGGCGGAGAAGCAUGUGAGGUUACCUGAUUGGGAUCCUAAGGCAGUAGAGCGCCCGAUAGAGAACGAGGAAUGGGUUGUCUUCUUGCACCGGUCCAUGGAGGAAAUAAUGGAGGGAGAGAUUGGUUCUCUUCUUCAGCAAAACUGCGUCUCCGUGUUUGUUUCGCCAUUAAGAAAUUCCGCAGCUGGUUGUCGAGUAGUCGAGUACGUUGCUUGUCUCCUUUCACUACCUUUCGUCGUAUCACUGGCAGCUGAGGAUCUUGCAAAGAUCGAGCGCGUCUAUCUGGACGUGCGAGUUGUACCUAAUCUUGUAUAUGCGACAAAGCUUCUUAUGUCUGAACGUUCUGAGGCUGAGUCCAAUACUAAUACCAGGUCGGCAUCUAGUCUGUCUGCUGAUGAGCUUCAAGCCCUGGAAAGCACUAUGCUUGUUCUGUGUCGCUUGGUCCACAUGAAGGAACAGUUCCUGACACAAUUCUGUGAUGCUGUAUAUAUAGUCAAUGGAAUACCUUUGCUCCAGCAGCUGCUUACGCUUGAGAAGAGGAAGGCAAGGGUGGUGGCAGAUUUAGUAGCAAUUUUGAUUAACAUCCUUAGAUCACAACCAGAGAAUGCUGAGCUCGUCGAGAGAGUCGUACUGCGCACAAAGACACCUGAAGUGACUGUUGAGCUGUUUGGAAAAUUGCUGACCCACCGACAAAGUAUUCUCAGGGCGAGGACCUGUACUCUUCUGCGACUGCUGGGCAGAUUCAGUUGUAGGGCGCUGCAGCAGGUAUGGGGUAGACCUCUUAGGACUUUAUUGGAAGCUUUAACUAUGGACGAUGGUCAUACAGUGAGAGAUGCUGCAGAAGAUGCCGUGAACGAGUUGAAGCAGUUGCUUUAUUACAAUCAGCAAAGUCCAGCUGGUUGACAGAAGAUCAUUAGUUAUCUGUUAAUCGAGUACAAUUAUUAGAUCAAAGAGAGACUGUAUAUCACAACGAGGGAGUUUAUUCAAAAUGGAGAUUAUCUGUUAAUUCUAAUAAAAGUUCUUUUUCUCAA